AUCGAGUAAUUAGACAUACAUUUAGUUAUUCUACAUUCAUAGCUCGAUCAGGCAUCAAGUUCGGUCGCCUGUGCACAACUCUCUUCAUUUAUAUAUUUCUGACGCACAUCCACAAGUAGUAUAUCACUAUCAGUUUGCCGACACUUGGUUUCUACUAAGCCUCCUGGAUUUAUUGCAAAUCACCAUUUAUCCUGAUCACGAUGCAACCUAAGGAACAUAUAGCACUGAUAAUGGAACAACUACAGAAGACCCUUUUACUGAGGGCAAAACACUGCUAUACACGGCAGCUUGUGUCUCCUGCUAAACGCUGUGAUUUCUGCAAGAAGUCCAUGUUCGUCAUGACUCUACGCUGUAAAGAUUGCAGAGUAAGAUGUCACCGCCGCUGUGCACAACAAGCAGCUAAUCUCUGCGAACUCGCCGCCAAACACAAUUUGACAACAGGUCCAGAGAGUAGAAAUGUCGUGCCUACAUGUCAUGCUGCACUAGCCGAGGCGUCUAGAAGACAUCAAUCAGCCAACUCCACCCCAGUACCGACCCACCGCAGGAAGAGUUCGACCGAAUCCUUCAGAGAGAUCGAGACUCACCAGUCCACCUUCAGCGUCAGACGUUCCACCACCCGUCAACGCCUCAGCACCACCACUGUCCCCAAAGACCACUCCCUUGGGCGUGUCUCCAGGUCGACCCUCUCAUCACAGUCCUCCAACCGAUCAUCAGUAUCCGGGUACUACUCUCAAGAAUCCGAUGCAAGCCUUCUAUCCGAAUGCGACACACCCAAAGAGAUCAGCGUCUUUGAUAGUUUCGGACCCGGUGACGUCACUUCGCCGAUUCCUUCCUCCUCUCGUUCGCGAAGACACGAGGCGUGGGCGGCGACGAAGCCGGCGCCUACAUCGACCUAUAUGGACUGUCCGGCUCAUGGAAACUGCGAGUCUGGUGCUGAGACCAACCUGAUGAUGUCUCUGGAUGGAGGAUCACUUGUUGCAACUUGGCCUCAAGACCGGAAGUGCAACUGCUGUCCCCACAUUCCAGAAAACAACUGCAACUCCAAUGAUCAGAUGGUAUCAGAUUGGACAGAAGAAUAUCGACGAUCUUCCUUGCAUUACGAAGCACAGAAAGAAGGGCUCAGUGAAUGGACUAUACCUCAUGCUAAUCUUAAGUAUGGAAGAUGCAUAGAGAAAGGCAAACUCGGCAGCACAUACAAGGGUCACUGGCACGGUGAAGUCCUCAUCCAGACCAGGUAUUCCAAGUCGACCGACAUCAAUGAUUUCCUGGACGAGGUCGCUAUGCUGAGUAAGAUACGCCAUGAGAACAUUGCUCUAUUCAUGGGAGCGUGCGUCGAACCAGGCAACCUAGCCGUCGUCAACAGUAUCCACAAAGGUCCAUCACUCUAUCACCACCUUCACGUCCACCGUAGGAAGCUCCAGACUUCUUCCAAGAUGGACAUUGCUCGUCAGAUAGGUCAAGCUAUGGGUUACCUCCAAGCUAAGGGCAUCAUCGUAGGUCAUCUCUCUUCGAGAUGCGUCUAUCUCGAGUCAAAGGUCAAGCUAUCGGUCACCAGGGUCGAUACCAGUGACGUCACAUGCCAAAGGGCCAGCCACGCGUGUCUUCCUAGAGGAAAGCUUCAGUACCUUGCCCCCGAACUCCUGGCGAAAGCCCGCGUUGUUCCACCCGAAUUUAUUACUGGCAACGAACAGACACAUAGCACCGAUGUGUAUGCUUUUGGAACUAUCCUCUUUGAGAUCAUUGCUGGACGGUGGCCUCUGCAGUACGCAUGCUCAGAAAGCGUUAUCUACCAGACUUGUUCGGGGAGACGAGAUGACUUUAGAAAUGUCACGUGUUCUUCAACUAUGAAGAACCUAAUUCAAGAAUGUUGGUCACAAAACCCCAAUGAGAGGCCGUCCUUUCAGGAUAUUGUCAAAGAACUCAAGAAAAACGUUUCCCUUGGCAACAUGAAGCACAGUCUCUCAGAGCCGGAUAAUCUCAAUCGACUCGGAACCGGUCUUUUUCGAUGAGCAACGGUUCUAUGCAAAUGAAGAAUGGGCGGUGGUGGCUGAAACCGUAUAAACCUUAUCCAAUCUCAAAAUACCCGUCCGUUCGAACAAACCGUGUGGACCAAAUCUACUUCAUGCCAGCUAUAGGGUAACGUUAAAUACGGAUGGAUAACACAUUAUAAUCGCAUACAAAAUUGGCAGAACUCUUGUUGGAGAUCAACCCAUCUUGAACAUAAGUAUGAGAGAGCCAACUGGGUAAAAUGAUAGAUCCUUCGUAAGCUCAUCAAAUGCGGAUCCCCGCGGAUCGCUCACGUGACAUCAACGCAUUUAAUACACCGGAUUACCCGAUUUAUAUCUCUUCAGCAGUGUCUUAACGUUGAUAUCUGCAAAGAUAUAUACCUUCAUAUAGCAUACCUAAACCAUGAUGUGUAUUCGAUCACCUCAACAGUACUUAAACAAAACAGCUGUAUAUUUCAGAAAUGAUAUUAGAAGAUCGUGACUGUAUGAAUCUGGAGCUUCCAAUUUCCAAGAAAAGCAAAACUUUUUAUGCUUUAAUUUUUUUAUAUAAAGGAGAUAAUGUUGAGUGCAAUAUUUUUAUGAACAUGUGCACUAAAUUGUUAGAUUCGAUGAUACUGUGUCUGAAUAAUAUUAUUGAAACCGCAUGUUACACAAUAUUAUGUACCAGUUCGUUUGUGCAAUUAAUUUAUUUUAUUUUCGCUUUUGAUAUCUAACCUGUAAGUUUGAUAUUUUACUUUGAAAAUAAGAUGUCUAGUGUACAUCCAUCAUGCAAUAUAUUUCGGGUGAUAUUACUACAAAGCAUGCAUUUAAUGAUAUUUACUGAAUUGAAUGAAAAUAUGAAUAUUCAAGAGUGCAAUACCAGAAAUUUGAGAAAGUAUAUCGAAUGUAAAAGGUUCUUUCAUGACUAUGUGUGUGAUAAGCUGGAAAGGUUAUUGAAUUUGAAUUGAAAAUUAUAUACUUUUAAAGUAAAAGAAGAAAUUCUUGAAAAUAGAACUCUUGUAAUACGCUUAUUGAAAAGCAACACUAUAACAAUAUUUAGUAAAUCAUUCAUUUAAAUGCAUGUUUUAAAAACAUUUUAAGUAUCUGAUUUGAUUUUAAUGAACAAUAUUCAAUUGUUGAUUUUUGUGUUUGUGAAUCUUUCAGUUCGUUAUGUUUUUUAACGUUAAUUGUUAUCGUUUAUUUUUCAAAUCUGGUCGAAGUAUAAAUUUGAACUUGAUAAAAUCUCCACUCUGUGAGUGGCUGUAUUCAUCGCUAAGUCUUAUACUUAAUUCGUGUUAGAGGUAUACUAACGUUCACAGUGGAUGCUACAAACGCAUAAAGCAUGUAAAGCAACGUGAACGAUACGUAGGCUUGACGUGGCAUUCAUUGCUUCAUUCACCAGGCACUCCUUGAAUCAUAACAAUAUUUAGAGUCACUUAAAUACCAUGACUGCAUACAAUUACUUAUCACAUUAUUACGUUUUGUUUCCAAUUACUCUGAUUUUGAAUUCUUGACCGUGAUAUUUGAUUUAAGGCGACAAUAUAUACUCUUCAUUAAUUCAAAAGGAAUUAAGGUCACAAUGUAGAAUUAAGGCAAAACCAAACUGUCUAUAAAGGCAUCCCAAGCAAAAUAGAACAAAUUUAAUGGCUACGGUAGACAGAUGGCCAUUAUAGACAGGUUCUAUAACACUAUACAUAAUAUAAUUCUUCUCUUGAAGGUUGACAAAACAGGUUAUGACCAAAGACAGGUGGCCUUUAAAAAAAGAUUGCAGGUUAGACUGUACAUUUAAGCCUUUAAAGACUUUAUGCUGGAGUCAUGUAGCUCCAUCUUGAUGUUCUGCCUUUGACGUUGCUUUGCAGCUGGUAAAGCCAUCAGUAUGUCUUAACGUCAACCAAAUCAAAGAGUGUAUCGAAACGCGACAAUGAACUCAAUAUCCCAAGGUUUUUGAUAAAAACAAAAACGCGCCCCUCUAAAACAUUCUUUCAUAGUGAAAUUUGAUCAUAGAGCAACACAUUUUGAUUCACUUGUUCCAAGAUUUUAGUUGGAAACAAUCAGCAGAGUACUUGAAAUUAAUUCUUUAAUCUAGGUUAACAAUCAGAUUUGAUAUCCAGGCGAGGUUAUGAAGGGCUUUAAUGCCAUGGAGAACCGUCGUAUCUUGUGCCAGAUCCCAGCUUUAUUUUUACACACAAACACGCACACUCGACGGCUUACAAAUGCACAUACAUUUCCCCCACUCAUUUUUAGGAAUUUUGGAAGAUAAUCGCUUAUGAUAUGGAUUGACCUAUAUUCCUAGGGGCGUGACGGAUCAAGUCAAUCCCAGAUGUGACACCUAAAUAUCAUGUAAUGCCGUGUUUUUCACUCAGAUCGACUCUAAGCUAUAUCUUUAUAUUCAGUAUAUUUGUAUAUAGCAUGAAGAUCGUGUCAAGCAAAUAACCUGGAUAUACAAUUUUUUUAUUUUUUAAAGAAUUGUAUUUGAAUGGAUAUUAAAGUAAUCAUUAUACAUCAUGAUGUCUUACAUUCAAGAUUAGUUCAUAAGAUGUUGAAUCAUUUUGUGAUUCAUCUUUUGCACAUUUCAUAAUAUUUAUUUGCAUCUAUUUUGCACCGAUUGCAAUGUUUUGAUAAUAAAUUAUUUAUUACACCGAA